AUGUCCCAAAAAGGCGGCAAAGGUGCCGCUGCCAAGGGCAAAAAGCCCGGUGGCAAGGCUGGAGCAGACGAGAAGCGCGAAGAUGCCCUCCAAGCAGUCAUCCUGGCAGACUACUUCCAGGACAGAUAUGUGCCAUUUACUCUCGAGAAGCCAAGAUGUCUCUUGCCUCUGGCCAACACUCCCCUGAUCGAGUACACUCUCGAGUUCUUGGACAUGAACGGGGUAGAGGAUGUCAUCAUAUACACAGGAAACCACACCGACCAGAUCGAGAGCUACAUAAACGAGCAUCCCCGAUGGAGCCCCACCAGCAAGAUCAACCCUUUCACGUCCCUCGAGUUCAUACGAGUCUCGGACGCUAGCUCCGUAGGCGACUUCCUCCGCGAUCUGGAUGGGCGAGGCUUGGUCUCGGGCGACUUCAUCCUUGUACACGGCGACUGUGUUGCAAAUAUCCAGUUGGAUGCUGCCCUUGCAGCCCAUAAGGCCAGGCGUGAGGCGAACCGGGACGCCAUAAUGACCGUCGUACUAAGAUCCGGUGGCAUGAGCGAGCACCGUACCAAAUCAAAGGGCUUCACGCCUAUCUUUGCUGUCGAAUCAAACACGAACCGGUGUCUGCAUUACGAAGAGAUGCACCCUUUGCAGAGCGACCAUUAUGCCACCCUGGACCCCACGAUUUUCGAGCACGACGCAUUGGAAAUCCGCACAGACCUUAUCGACCCCGGUAUCGAUAUCUGUACACCUGACGUUCUGGCUUUGUGGUCCGAAAGCUUCGACUACGAACUUCCACGAAAGAAUUUCCUGCACGGUGUCUUGAAGGACUGGGAGCUAAACGGCAAACUCAUCUACACCCACAUCAUGGAUGAUGGCUACGCUGCAAGGGCCAGCAGCUUACAAAUGUAUGACUCCAUUACGCGAGACGUUCUGGGAGGAUGGACUUUCCCUCUCGUUCCAGAGUCAAACCUUGUGUCGGGCCACUCAUAUGUCAUGACUAAAGGAGUGUUUGGUGCCAGAGUUACUGUGUCCACCGGCAGCAGGAUAUCCAACAGCGUUGUGGGAAGACGAUGCUUCAUCGGCAAGAAUGUCACCAUCGAGGACAGUUACAUAUGGGACGACGCGACGAUUGAGGACGGCACGACUGUGACACGCUCUAUUAUCGGUGAAUCCGCUACUGUAGGCAAGAACUGCAAGAUCGGCGCAGGAUCAAUAAUAUCCAAUGGAGUCACAAUUAGCGACGACAUCUCGAUUUCCCCUUCCACAGUCCUGUCGGUCCUCACAUAUGAGAAGAAAUCUGUCAAGAACGAUACCAAGCUGCUCGGACCAAAGGGCAAGGGCGCCGUCUUCAGAUAUGAGGAUGAGGAAGAGGACGACAUCGACCCAUCUGACCCAUCCCAGCUUCAGAAACCCCUCAUCUACUCGAUCGAAAAGUUCAACAUCUCCACAUCAUCCGUCUCCACCCUCUCCUCAGAGAUCGAAUCCGACUCAGAAGACGACGAGCCCGCCGCCGCAGCCGAUCCUAUUAAGCGCUCACGUCUCUCUUCUUUCGCCUCAGACGACUCCGAGUCAGGCCACAGCAAGGCAGCCUUCCACAAGGAGGCGGUCAACGGGCUUCUCGAUGCUCUUCGGGGCGAUGAGAACGACUUCGACGGCGCCAAGCUAGAGUUCAUGGGCCUACGCCUGAGCCAGGACGCUUCGGACACGUCAGUGCGGCGGGCGGUGGCAGCGGCUUUCGUGCGUCGGGCGGCGGAGCUCCUACAGGCCGGGCACGGUGGGCCGCUGGAGCCGCCCAAGGCGGCAGAGAAGGCCAUCGCCUCUAAGCACGGCACGGCCAAAUUCCUCCGCGAAGUGGGCGUGGGCGCCGGCAGCGUGGCGGAGCAGGUCGACUUCAUACUCGCGUUGCAGAAGGCGCUCGUGGGCCAUAGCGAGGUCGAGACGCUGCGCGCGGGCACACUGCUCGCCGCCAUGCUGCAGCAUAUGUACAACAAGGACGUCGUCGAGGAGGACGGCAUCCUGGCGUGGUGGGCCGACAAGCGCGCCGCCGACGGCGAGAGCAUGACUGUUGUGCGGGGCAGGUGUAAGGUCCUGGUGGACUGGCUUGAGGAGGCGGACAGUGAUGAUGAUGAUGACGAUGAUGACGACGAUGACGAGGACAGCGACUAG